AUGGAGCCUGUGGCCAUUAUAGGAUACUCACUGCGCUUCCCAGGCGGAGCAGACACGCCGUCCAAAUUCUGGGAGCUCCUGACCAGCGGGCGCGACAUCUCCCGAGAGCCAGACCCGAGGCGGCUCAACCUCUCCAAGUUCCACCACGCAAAGGGCGAGCACCACGGCAGCAGCAACGUGCUCAAGUCUUACUUUCUGGACCAGGACCCAUGCCUGUUCGACGGGAGCUUCUUCGGCAUCUCGCCGCUCGAGGCCGAGGCCAUGGACCCGCAGCAGCGGCUGCUGCUGGAGACGGUGUACGAGGCGGCCGAGUCGGCGGGGGCGACGCUGGAGGGGCUGCGCGGGUCCCGGACGUCGGUGCACGUGGGGGUCAUGACGGGCGACUACGCCGACGUGCAGGCGCGCGACGCCGAGGACCUGAGCAGCUACACGGCGUCGGGCACCUCGCGCGCCAUGCUGGCCAACCGCGUCUCGUACGCCCUCGACCUGCGCGGCCCGUCCGUCUGCAUCGACACGGCCUGCUCCUCGUCGCUGGUGGCCCUGCACCAGGCCGUGCGGGAUCUCGCGGCGGAAGGGGGUGCCGCCGGGUCUGAUAUGGCCAUAGUUGCCGGGUGCGGGCUCCUGCUGGACCCGCUCAUGUAUAUUGCCGAGAGCAAACUCCGCAUGCUGUCGCCCACGGGCACGUCCAAGAUGUGGGACGCUGCGGCGGACGGUUAUGCUCGCGGCGAGGGCGUGGCGGCGGUGCUGCUUAAGCCCCUGAGCCGGGCGCUGCGAGAUGGAGAUCCCAUCAGGGGCGUGGUACGUGCGACGGGGGUGAACUCGGACGGCCGCACGCCGGGAAUCACCAUGCCCAGUGCCGAGGCGCAGGCGAGCUUGAUAUGGGAUACUUACCGAGCGGCCGGGUUGGAUCCGUUUAAUGUGGAGGAGAGGUGUCAGUAUUUUGAAGCGCAUGGUACAGGAACACCCGCAGGAGACCCCGUCGAAGCACGAGGAAUCUUCAAGAGCUUCUUCGACCCAGAGUCCGCGAAAAAGUCUCGCACCUCUGAAGAAACCCCACUGUUGGUCGGGUCAGUCAAGACCAUCAUAGGACACCUCGAAGGAUGCGCCGGUCUGGCCGGUGUCAUCAAGGUCCUCGUCGCCAUGGAGCACGACACCAUCCCGCCGAACCUCCACCUGAAAAGACUCAACCCAGAGAUCGAACCACUGUCCCGCGUGCUAAAAAUACCCACCGAGUCCAGGCCGUGGCCGACGCCUGCUGCCGGCCAGCCCAAGCGUGCGAGCGUCAACAGUUUUGGCUUUGGCGGCACCAACGCCCAUGCCAUUAUCGAGUCGUUUGACGGCGGCCUGGAGAAGCAAGACCUUGGAAGGGGUAGAAAAGACACGCAGCAUGACGUCGCGGGCCGCGUGCAUACCUGGGAGGGGCUGGCAGCGGCUGCCGCGGAGCGACCAGCCAUGCCCAUCGUACUAAGCGCGCACAGCGAGCAGGCACUCCAGAGACAAGCCAGGAAUCUACUGGAGUUCCUGCGCGACAACCCGAGCGUGGAGCAGAGAGAUCUCGCCUGGACGCUCUUUGCACGACGCAGCGAGCUCGGCGUCCGCAUGUCCAUCCCGGCGGCGAAAUCACGAGAGGAUCUGGAGCAGAGCCUGCAGGAGACGCUAUCCAAAACAACCGCGGCCGAAAAGCCCACAAAGCUCGGCGAGCCUCCAAAGGCGCUCGCGUCGCCGGACGAAGGCGUGGGGAUCCUGGGCGUCUUCACCGGACAGGGCGCGCAGUGGGCGGGCAUGGGCAGGGAGCUGAUGCUGCACAACGGCACCUUCAGGCGGGCCAUCUCGCGGUGCCAGGACGCGCUGGCCACGCUGCCGGUGGUGGCGGACCGGCCGGCUUGGUCGCUGGCGGAGGAGCUGUCGCGGGGAGAAAAGCAGAGCCGCAUCGCCGAGGCCGAGUUUGCGCAGCCGUGCACGACGGCGGUGGAGAUUGCGCUGGUGGACGUGCUGGCGGCGCACGGCGUCCGCUUCAGCGCCGUCGUGGGCCACUCGUCGGGCGAGAUGGCCGCCUGCUACGCCGCGGGCAUCCUGACGCUGCGUGACGCCGUGCGCAUCGCCUACUACCGGGGCCGGCACGCCCGCCUCGCCCGGAGCAGCGGGGCCAUGUUGGCCGUGGGGCUGGGCUGGGACGCCGCCGAGGAGCAGAUCACGGCAGUGCAGCGGUGGAGGGGGCGCCUGUGGCUGGCGGCUAGGAACUCGCCGUCCAGCGUCACCAUCUCGGGCGACGCGGAUGCCGUGGAGGAGGCGCACGCGGAGCUGCAGCAGAGGGGCGUCUUUUCGAGGCUGUUGAGGACGGGAAAGGCCUACCACUCUCCCCACAUGGAACCGCCGGCCGGGCCGUACCUGCAGUCCAUGAGGGCCUGCGGCAUCAAGCCCACCAAGCCGACGGGCCGCAGCCCCUGCGUCUGGAUCUCGAGCGUGACCGGGACGGCGGACAUGUUUUGGGAUGGGGACUUUGGCGGGUUGGCCAGUGGCCAGUACUGGGUCGACAACAUGGUGCAGCCGGUGCUCUUCGCCGACGCAGUGACCGCCGCGCUGACCAACGGAGGCCCGUUCGACGCCGCCAUCGAGGUCGGUCCCCACCCGGCGCUCAAGGGGCCGGUCGGACAGACGGUGCAGGCGCACCUGAAGCGGACGAUCCCCUACUGCGGCGCCAUGAACCGCGGCGCAGACUGCGUCACCUCCCUGUCCGAGGCCCUGGGCUUCCUCUGGCGCGGCUUUGGCGGCGGCGCCCUCCGCCACCCGCAGGACCCCGGCGAGCCCCGGCCGCGCAUGGUCAAGGACCUGCCGCCCUACGCCUGGGACCACACCACCUCCCUCUGGCGCGAGUCGCGCGUCUCGCGGAACCACAGGCUGCGGCCCCAGGACCGGGCCUUUCUGCUGGGCCGCCGCUGCCCAGACGACACGGACGCGGAGCCGCGCUGGCGCAACAUGCUGAGCCUCGCGGAGCUGCCGUGGCUGCGCGGCCACGCCUUCGAGGGCGAGGCCCUGUACCCGGCGGCGGCCUACCUGGUCAUGCUCCUCGAGGUUGCGCAGUUUCUGGCGGCGGGCAGGGAGGUGGCGUUUGUGCAGCUGUCGGACGUGAGCUUCAACCGCACCCUCGCGAUACCGGAAGGGGGGCGGGCGGUCGAGAUCAUCACCUCUGCCAAGGUCGAGGAGAGAAAGGGGCUGAGGGAUGGGAUCCGGGCGUCCGUCGGGUUCAGCGUGUGCCGGGAUCCGGUCUCGGGGGCUGUGGACACCAACAUGUGCACGGGUUCGGUCGAGGUCUUUUUGGCUGGGCCGGACGAGGGGCCUGCAGAUUUCUUCAUGCCGAGGGCGGCCUCCCCCAACACCAAGACCCGUGUCGAUGUCGACGACUUGUAUUCCAUGUUUGACAAGGCCGGCAUCGAAUACCGCGGCGUGUUUCGCGGCCUCGUGUCGCUGAGCCGGAGUACAGGGCUCGCCACUGCGAUGGCGUCUUGGAAGUCGGAGGAUAUCGACUGCGGCGACGGGCUGGUGCACCCGGGGCUGAUCGACACCUGCAUCCACCCCGUGGUUGCUGCGUUUGCCACGCCGGAGAUGGGCAGGGUCAAGUCUGCAUAUCUGCCGCAAAAGCUCAAGCGGCUCAUCUUUAACCCCAAGAUAAAAUUGCUGCCAGAACAAGACACCCAGGUUGUGGUGGAUGCCUACGUCAGCAAUGCAAAACCAUCGACGCUGGUGGGUGAUUUUAGCAUUUACUUGGCCGACGAGAAGCAGCAACCAAUGCCCUUGGUGCAGGUCGAGGGCCUUUCCAUGACGACUCUGGGAAGGCCAGAUCCCAUUGAUGAUCGAGUCCUCUUCAGCCGGACAAUCUGGAAGCCAGACCUGCUCAGCAGCAGCGACUCGGAUGAUUUGACUGCCGACUAUAGACCUUUACAAAACGACAUGAUCAUUGACGCCGAGCGAGUCUCGCUAUUCACCUGUCGAAAAAUAGUAGAAACGGCCGAAAAGAUUGGCAUUCAGAACCUCAAAAAACACGAGCAGAUGUUGGUGGCGUAUGCCCAAGAAACAGUGAACAAGGCACGCCGAGGCGAACAGUGGUCCUCGGCCACAGCAAUCCUCGAUGAUGCCACCGAACAAGACACCCCCUGCCCGUGGCUGGACGACGACGAAGCCACCAUCAACAGCAUCCUCGAAAAGCACCGCAGCCAAGUCGACUUUGCACUCCUCGGCGCGGUAAAAGACGACAUCUCGGCCGUGUUCAGCAACCAAGCACAGAUGCUCGAGGUGCUCUUCGCCGACAACAUGCUGGGCCGGUACUACAGCGAGGGGCUCGGGGUGCGCAACGCGCAGCGGCAGGUGGCGCGGUACCUGGAGGGCAUCUCGCACCGGCACCCGCAGGCCGACGUGAUCGAGCUGGGGGCCGGGGUGGGGGCGACGACGCGGGCGAUCCUCGACGCGGUGGGCGCGGACGGCUACGGGUCCUACACCUUCACGGACGUGUCGGCGGGCUUCUUCUCCGAGGCUCGGGCGCGGUUCGCGGCGGAGCACCGCGGCGGCCGCAUGCGCUUCGCGCGGCUCGACGUGGCGGCCGACCUGCAGGAGCAGGGCUUCGAGCGCGGCGCGUACGACGUCGUGGUGGCGGCCAACGUGCUGCACAUCGCGCCGGACGUGGCGGCGGCGCUGCGGCGCAUCCGCUCCCUGCUCCGGCCCGGCGGCUUCCUCGUGGCCGUCGAGCCCACCGGCGGCCUGGCCCAGGUCCAGCUCAUCCUCGGCGGGCUCGAGGGCUGGUGGCUGGCCGCCGACGGGUGCAGGACCGUCGGCCCGCAGCUGUCGGUCGACUCCUGGGACGCCAAGCUGUGGGACGCCGGCUUCUCGGGCCUCGAGGUCCUGCGCCACCACGAGCCCCACCCCAGCCUGCGCACCUGCUCCUCGUUUGUCAGCCAGGCCCUGUCCGACGCCGUGUCCUGCCUGCGCCAGCCCCUGGCCCACGCGCAUCUGCUGCCGGCCGACAGCGUCUUUGUGCUGGUUGGCGGCGCCACCAUGGCCACUUCGCGGGUGGUGCGGGAGGUGGAAGCCCAGCUGGUGGCCCGCGGUGCCGAGGUGGUCAAGGUGCGUGACGUCGGCGGCCUUGCUGGUGCGGCCAUCCCCGACAGAUGCUCCGUCCUGUACCUCGCCGAGCUGGACCGUCCUGCAGUGCGCGCCGACGCCGAGGACGUGGACGGCGGCGUGCUGAAGGGGCUGCAGACCAUGUUUGGCAAGGCCGGCUCCGUCUUUUUCAUGACGCGGGGCGCGGGCCGGAGGAACCCUUCAUCCAACAUGCUCGUCGGCCUGUGCCGGACGCUGCGCAGCGAGGUGCGCUCGCUGAGGCUGCAGGUCCUGGACCUGGAGGACGACUCGAUCAGGCUGGAGGCGGCGCUGGUCCUGGAGCAUUUUCUCCGCUUCGUCAUGUCGGCCGCCCUCGGGGACGAGCAGCUCCUGUUUACCGACGAGACGGAGCUGCUCCUCAAGAGCGACGGCAUGCUGUACAUACCCCGGAUUCGCACAUACCAGGAGCUCAACGAUCGCGUCAACACCUCGCGGAGAAACAUAUGGGCGCAGGUUGGGGCUGAUGAUCAUGUGCUGGAGCUGCGCGACCCCUCAAAUGGGAAGAUGGCAGAUAUGCUGGGCUGCGAGCUUGUGGCAACACCAAAGACGGGAAUUCAGGGGACUGGGACUGGGACUGGGACUGCAGAUUGUGAUCAAGACUUGAUGAUUCACGUCAAGUACUCGACGCUCAUCCCCAUUAUCAACACCCAAGGUAUGGCUCGACGACCGGCUUACCUCUGCUUUGGAGUGGUUCAGGGAGAUGCCGAGGGACUGGAACGACCAGUGCUAGCAUUGUCCAGCUCCAACAAGUCCAUCGUCCACAAGGCAAGCUGGGAAGUCUACUUUGUUCCACAAGGGCACCAUGUGACCCCUAUUACAGUCGCCGCUGUUUCCCUGGUCCUGGCCGUCCGGGCGUGGGUACGCAGCGUGCCAACCAAAUCAACCAUAUGGGUGCACGGAGACUUGGACGAGACGACACUGGCGACGCUGGAGGUGGAAGCCGGGAAGGUGGGCGUCAAGAUAUACUGGACAAGCUCUGCCUGGGGAGAAAAGUCCAAGUCUACGACUACAACAACUACAACUACAACAGCUACAACUAGAACCAAUGCUAAACCCGGGCGGACUCCGGUUUUGAUACAUCGCAACAUGCCAUUCAGACAGCUCAAGGCCACAGUACCCCAGGGUAUUUCUGCCAUCAUCACAACAUCCUCGAGUACCGACGAGGUUUCACCGGCUCAGCACGCCCUCGGUCUCAAACAUGUCCUCUGCGGGCACUUGUUCAGCCCUCCACCCAGCUUCACGUCUCAAGACCGGACUGGCUCUGAGAUGGCCAAAGAGCUCGAGCAAGUGUUUGGUUUGUCAGUCAGCUUGGCCUCGACAGAGCCACUUGUACACGCGGCAGUCAUACCUGUCGGGCAAGCCUCCACUACAAGUAGCAACGACUCGUCUGCGGCCCUAUCCAACGGCCUUGCGGUGCUAGACUGGACGGCCUCGGCCACGGUCCGCGCCAAGAUCCAGCCCAUCGACGCCAGCCAGCUGUUCAAGGCCGACAAGACGUACUUCCUGGUCGGGCUGACGCGCGACCUGGGCAGGUCGAUCUGCGAAUGGAUGGUCCAGCAGAGGGCACGCCACAUCGCCCUGGCCAGCCGCAGCCUGCAGCUUCCGCAGGACUGGCUGCGCUCGAUGGAGUCGGCCGGCGUGGCCGUGCGGGUCUUUUCCAUGGACGUGACCGACUACCAGGCGGUGCGCACGACGGUCUCGACCAUGCACGACAGCAUGCCGCCCGUGGCCGGCGUCUUCAACGGCUCCAUGCUGCUGUCCAACAAGCUCUUUGCCGCGCUCGACGCCGCCGAGGCCAUGACGGCCAUCCGCCCCAAGGUCGACGGCAGCCUGCACCUGGAGCGCGCACUGGCGGCGCACGAGGCCGCCCCGGGCCGACGGCUCGACUUCUUCCUCCUCUUCUCGUCGUCGGGCAGCGUCAUCGGCGUGCCGGGCCAGUCGGGCUACCACAUGGCCAACCUUUUCAUGAGCGCGCUGGCGGCCGACCGGCGGGCCCGGGGGCUGGCCGCCUCGGUCAUCGACAUCGGCAUCCUGGUCGAGGUCGGCUACGUCACGCGCCAGCACUCGUCCAUGGUCCGCAACCUGCGCUCCCUCAACAUGAACCCCAACUGGGAGGACGAGAUCCCCGCCAUGCUCGCCGAGGCCAUCGUGGCCGGCCGCCCGGGGUCCGCGCGCCCGCAGGAGCUGAUCGCCGGGCUCGUGGUCAGCGACGACGACGCCAACAGGCCGUUCUGGGCCGGCGAGCCGCGCUUUGCCUUUUUCGUCAGGGACCAGCGCCGCCGCUUUGCUGCCGACGACGACGACGCUGAUGCCGCUGGUGCGGGAGGCGGCUCCUCCGAGUCCCCGAUGGAGCGCCUGCGCGCAGUCUUGGCGGCGGUGGCGGCUGGUGGAAGUGGUGGCGGAGAUGAAGUCGCGGAGCUCACGGCUGCGAUAAGGGACGCGCUGGCGCAAAAGAUGGAAAAGAUGCUGCAGGUCCAGCCUGGGUCGCUGGACAUGGCGUCGCCCAUCGUCGGGCUCGGCGUCGACUCGCUCCUGGCCAUGGAGGUGCGCCAGUGGGUGCAAAAGACGGUGGGGGCGGACGUGUCGGUGCUAAAGAUCCUCGGCGGUGCCACGGGGGAUAUGCUGGCCGCGACUGCUGCUGAUGCGGUCAUGGUGGGUUUGAAGGAUGCGCCACCGGCAAAGACUGUUGCUCCAAAGACUGUGGCUCCAGAGGCAGCUGCUGCUAAGGCCCCUGCUGCAAAAGCCGCUGAUAAUUUGCCAGUACCUCGCCCGCCCAGAUCUGCUUCCAGAAUGUCGGAUUCCACCAGAUCCGGCAGCGGCAGCGGCACAAAGUCACCCAUCCUGCAAGCGACCUGGGACGAUGAGCACUCGUCCGGAACCACGCCUAGCUCGCCAGAAUCAUCUAUAGCCUGCAAGGCCCAAGUAUACCCGCCUGCGUCGCUUGGGGGAGCAUCGGUCGUGCGGAGGGCGCCCCUGUCCUUCAACCAGGAACGGCUUUGGUUCCUCCAGCACUUCCUCAGCGAUCCCUGCACAUACAACGAAACGGCCAUGUACCGACUCAGGGGUCCCGUCGACGCCAAGAGGCUCGAGGCUGCCUUUUAUCAGGUGCUGGCCCGUCACGAAAUCUUCCGCACGCGCUACCAGAACGACGCCGUCACUGGAGCUGCCGUGCAGCAGGUUCUGGCCGCCCAUCAUCACGUGGACCACAGCUCGCGGGCAUUCAGGUCCGUGGACGCCACUCAUGAAAAGGGGGAGCAGAGACAGACGACCAUCAUCGAGACCGAGUUUGACGCAAUGGUCAACAGAAAAUGGGCCCUUUCGACUGGAGCAUCCAUCGGCAUGACUUUGAUCGUGCUCCCCUCUAGCUCAUCGUCCUCUCCCCACCGCCCAGAACAUGUCCUCAUACUCGGCGCCCAUCACAUCGCAGUCGACGGCACAACCUGGACCAUAUUCUUCCGGGAUCUCGACAGGGCGUACACCGCGGGCCGCCUCUCACCGUCGGCGGGCCCACAAUACGCCGACUUUGCCAUGCAGCAGCGCAGCAAGACGCCGGCAAACCACGGCGCCGACAUGGAGUUCUGGUCUGCGGAGCUCUCGGGCCUGCCGAGCGAGCCCAUCCCGCUGUUCCCGCAGGCAAAGACGACGCGGCGCGCACCCCUGGACCGGUACGGCAGCGUCACGGCGCGGUGCCGACUGGACGCGGCCGCCGCCUCGGAGGUGAAGCGCACCAGCGCCCGCCUCCACAUGACGGCCUUUGGUCUGCACAUGGCCGUGCUGUCGGUGCUGGUGUCGCACCUCUCGGGCACGUCGGACCUCUGCAUCGGCUUCUGCGACGGCGGGAGGCCCGACGCCUUUGCCGAGACCGCCGGCUUCUUUGUCAACAUGCUGCCCGUGCGCCUCGACACUGCCGCCCGCCACGCCGGGCCCGCGAGCUUUGCCGACCUCGCCCGCGCCACCUUUGCCAAGCUCAUGGACGUCAUGGCGCACUCGUCGCUGUCGCUCGAGGCGCUCCUCGACGCGCUCGCCGUGCCGCGCUCCACGACCCACAGCCCGCUCUUCCAGGUCGUGCUCAACUACCGCCUCGACGCGCUGGCCCACUCGGCCGUCGGGGACGGGCGGCUCGAGUUUGUCAAGGCGCGCAACUCGCGCAACCCCUACGACGUGUCCCUCAGCGUCACCGACUCGCCCGACGGCACCUGCCUCUUGGACGUGUCCAUGCAGGAGUCUCUGUACGGCCCCGAGGCGGCAGCGUCGGUGCUGGCUAUGUAUCGCGCCCUGAUGGCGAGCGUGUGUCGGGACGGCCAGGUAAAGGUGGGCGACUUGAUCUCGUCGCUGGGCGCGGCUUCCCUGCCAACAACUAUGUUAACCAUGACUGGGGCCAAGAGCGGGGACACGGUCGUGAGCGAGAUGAGCGAUGAGAGCCUGACCAUCUGGCACAAGAUCAAACAAGCUUCACUACAAGUCGGAGAUUCUACAGCAAUCCACGGUGAGGGUCACAGUCCAACACUUAGCUACAACGACUUGACGGGCAUGUCAUCGUCCAUGGCGACAUCGUUACAGCGACUGUGCGCUUCAAGGGGCGUCGAGACACGCGGCGCCUUUUGCGCUCUGCUGCUGGAGCCUUCGGCCGACUACGUAGCUGCGCUGUUGGCAGUCUUUAAACUGCGGGCAGUGGCAUUCCCGAUGGACACGACAAACCACAAACAAAGGCUCGCCGUCAUGGCCAAGGACUGCAGGCCGUCCAUCUUGCUCUACCACAACCGAACCAAGGAUCUCGCAGCCUGGCUUUUGAAGACGUGCAACCAGCAGGACUGUAUAGCAGUGGAUGUGGCGGAACUAAUAUCGUCUGCAACAAACACCUAUGAUAGCAUAUCUUUGGAGCCCACAAAGCCCACAAAGCCCUCAACGCCCACAACAACCACAACGACCACAAAGGCCACAACGCCCACUCCCACCGAGCUUCCCGGAAUUAUACUCUACACCAGCGGGUCGACCGGCACGCCCAAGGGAGUCCUGGUGACACAACGCAGCGUCAUCUCCAUCGCCACGGCCAUCAACACCGUCGCCGACCACCAGACACCCCCCGUCGUCCUCCAGCAGUCGUCCAUCGGCUUCGACGUGUCCCUGAUGCAGAUCUUCAGCGCCCUCUUCACCGGCGGCAGCCUCGUCGUCUGCCCCCACGAGCACCGCCGCGACCCCAUCGAGACGGCCAGGCUGAUGCGCCGCUUCGCCGUCACCACCGUGUUCGCCACCCCGACCGAGUGGACCCUGCUGCUCGGACCGGACGGACAAGGGCUGGCGAGGUGCUCGAGUCUGCGCAAGGCCAUGGCGGCGGGCGAGAUGGUCACCGGUGGCCUCGCGGCGCGCUUCCGUCGUCUCGAAAAGGCACGCGGCGGCGACAGCAGGCUGGAGCUCUUCAACGUCUAUGGCCCCACCGAGACGUGCAUGUCGAGCAACGUGGGCCGCAUAGAAUACUGGCUCGAUGAGAACGUCCAGGAGCCGGCGAGGGUCUUUGCGGUGGGGCCGCCCUUGGAUGGUGUUCGUAUUCGCGUGCUCGGGCUGGAUGGGAACGAGGUCCCGUAUGGGGCCGAGGGCGAGGUUUACAUUGGUGGCGUCGGCGUUGGGCCGGGAUACUUGAACAGACCCGACCUCACCGACGCUGCAUUCCUGCCCGAGCCGACCAACGAUCCCCCCGCCGCAGCCGGAUCUGGCCGGUCCAAAAAGAUGUACCGAACCCGGGACAAGGGCUACUGGCUCCCCGACGGUUCCUUGAUGGUGUGCGGCCGCAUCGACGGCGACACCCAGGUCAAGAUGCACGGCAUCCGCAUCGAGCUGGAGGACGUGGCGUCGGCCAUCCUCGCGGCGGCGGACGGUCUCGUCUCGCACGCCGUCGCCACUGUCCGGAGCGACGAGCACGACAAGACCAUCGUGGCCUUUGUCGUGCCGUCCCCGCGCCUUUCGCCCGCCGACGCCCCCAAGUUCCUGGCUGAGCUGCCGGCAAGGCUGCCCCUGGCCGAGUACAUGCGGCCGGCCGCCAUCCUGCCUCUCGAGACGCUCCCGCUCAACGCCAGCGGGAAGCUCGACAUGGCCGCUCUGGCCGAGGUGCCCUUGCCCGAGCAGCAGCACCACGAGGCCCUCCAGCCAGCCCCGGAUCUGGCAGCCGCCACGAGCGUAGCUGGAACCCACACCAAGAUACACGAGACGCCGCCGUCCACGGACCUAUCCUACCUCGAGCAAGAGCUGCUCUCGACGUGGACGGCUGUGCUCCCCAGCCUCGGCAAGCAGCUGCUCAAAAACACCAGCGCGCACCGCGGGCUGGAUUUCUUCCGGGUCGGCGGCAGCUCCAUCACCCUCGUGGUGCUCCGCGACGCCAUACGACGGCGCUUCCGCGCCCACGUGCCGCUCCUCCCCCUGUUCGAAAACAGCACCCUCGGCUCCAUGGCGGCCGUCGUCGGCAGGCAGGUCGAGAAGCAGUGCGGAGCCCACUGGGAGUUUUGGGACCGGGAGACGCGCUUCGACCCGGCCAUGCUGCCGCUGCCCCCGCCGCCGGCCCUGUCGUCCCUGGGGCUGGAGCGGCGCACGACCUGGCACCCCUACGGCACCGGCAUCCUCCUGACCGGCGCCACCACGCCCCUAGGCAGCCGCCUGCUGCAGCGGUUCCUGUCGCGCCCCGACGACGCCGUGCGCAGGGUCUACUGCGUCGCCCUGUCGCCGGACCAGCAGACGCAGCUGCGGCGCUCGCCGUGGCUGGCCUCGGCCGAAAGCGCCGGCCGCGCCGAGCUCCUGGCCGGAGACCUGUACGACGCGACGCUGGGCCUCUCGCCGAGCGACGUGCAGCGGCUGCGCGCCGACGCCGACGCCAUCGUGCACGCCGGCUCCGAGGGCAGUUGCCUCAACAGCUACGCGUCCAUCACGGAGCCGAACCUCGACUCGACGCGGUUCCUGGCCACCACGCUGGCCAUCUCGCCCGCCGGCGCCGUCAAGCCGCUGCACCUCGUGUCCAGCGCCCGCGUGCUGCUCUUCAGCGGCCGCGACGAGCACGGCGCCUCGUCCGUCUCGCACCACCUGCCGCCUCUGCCCGACGACGACAGCAGCAGCAGCAGCAGCAGCCGAGAGGGCUUCACGGCGACCAAGUGGGCGGCCGAGCGGCUGCUGGAGAAUUUCGCCCAGGCGGCGGCGGCACGCGGCGGCGGCGUCGGGCCGGUCGCCGUCCACCGCACCGGCUACCUCAUCACCGACGACGCCGGCGAGAUGGACGCCGUCAACAUGAUCCGCAAGUACUCGGCCGUGCUCGGGGCCGUGCCGUCCAUGGAGCGCUUCCAAGGCUGGCUGGACAUGUCGGACAUGGAAUGGGUCGCGGACCGGCUGGCGCGCCACGUGCUCGACGUUUCCGAGGCCGCCCAAGACGACGAAAAGUCGCCCGUGUGCUACGUCCACCACACCCAGGAGACGCCCGUCCCGGUGCUCGAGUUCCAGAGGUACAUGGAGGACACGUUUGGGCGGGCGUUCGAGACCGUUUCCAUGGUGGAGUGGACGCGGAGGGCCGUCAAGGUCGGGCUGAGUCCGUUCAUGGCUAGCUUCUUGUGUGCGGUGUGUGAGAGGGAGGGCAAGGCGCGGUAUCCUAGGCUGUUGGUGGGGGCUGAAGAAGAGGACAUGUAAACUGCACGAUCUGCAGAGAUUAAACCUGUGUAAAUUAUUAGAUGAAAAAUUCAAGUAGUAAACAAAGAACAUAAAACUGCCCGAUUCGGAUCUGAGGAGUGAGCCAACUUUAGCUCCGA